AUGCCGAGUGCGCAGUUCAAGGUGAACGACCUGGUCUUCGUGCCAUGCCCGGAAGGCAAAGCAGAGGAAGGGCCCUUCAUGUCGGGAGUUGUUUCCGAAGCGCCGGAAGCGGGCGAUCUGGUCGUCAAGGUCGGUAAAACGCAGCAGCGCGUCCCAGCAUCGAACCUGCGCCGGAGGUUUAUUCGUGAUGAUGGCGCCACCUGCCAAGACAACACCGCCUUGGUGCACCUGAACGAUGCGACGAUCCUGGAGAAUCUCCGUGCGCGACAUGAGGCUGAUGAGAUCUACACCUACACAGCCAGCGUGCUCCUUGCAGUGAACCCGUACCAUGAUGUGACUGGGUUGUACGGCGAGGCGCAGUGUGCUCGAUACCGUGGGAAGCACAUCGGAGCACUGCCACCGCAUCCCUACGCAAUCGCAGAUACGGCCUACAGGGCCCUGGUACGAGAUCACAAGAACCAAGGCUUCAUUAUCUCUGGAGAAAGCGGUGCUGGAAAGACCGAGACUGCAAAAAUCGUCAUGGAGUACUUGGGCUACGUGUCCGGGUCAACGAAUCAAAUGACCGCCCAGAUCCAGAGGCGAGUGCUACAAGCACAGCCGAUCCUGGAGUCAUUCGGAAAUGCAGUCACUAUGAGGAACAACAAUUCCUCGCGCUUCGGAAAGUACAACAGCAUCUUCUUCGAUGAGGAUGGCACCUUGUGUGACGCCAGCGUUACCACGUAUCUCUUGGAAAGCUCUCGGGUCGUCGUGCAUGCGAAGCGCGAAAGGACAUACCACUGCUUCUACGAGAUGCUUAGUGGCCUACCCGAUGAGAAGCUGAAGAAGCUGCAUUUGGACAGAGCGAAGUUGUACUUGCUGCUGGCGAACGAGGGCCAGGCAUCAGCCACGCAGGAGGAGACUGCCGAGGAGAAGCGAUUCCAUGCUCAAUUCAAGGAUCUCGACAUCCGCAACUUCAACCGGCUGUGUGUUGCUCUCCGCGAUGUCGGCUUCAGUGAGGAAGACAUCGACCUGACCUUCCAGGUGCUUGCCGGCCUGGUCCACCUGGGUGAUUUAUCCGGGGCCGAGAGGGACGACGAUGACGAAAGUGCCACCAUCCAGCUCGACGAAGAGACCUUGCAGAAGGCGGGCGAGUUGCUCGGCAUAGACCCUUCCGAACUGGGCAGCGCCCUGCGCCGGCGCAAGGUGAAAAUCACGCGUGUUGGCCGGGAGUCGAUCCAUGAGGUCCCUCGAACAACCCUUCAAUUCCGCCAUGCCCUGUUCAGCCUCAUCAAGGCGCUCUACAAACGUCUUUUUGAGCGUUUGGUGGCCCGCAUCAACGGUUCGUUUUCCGAGCUACGAAAGCCUGCGACUGGAGAGGAUGAAGUCGAGCGCUGCCAGAUUGGCAUCCUGGACAUCUACGGCUUCGAGCGUCUUCAGCGCAACUCCUUCGAGCAGUUGUGCAUCAACUUGGCGAACGAGCGCCUCCAGCAAUACUUUGUGGAGAAUGUGCUCACUGCAGAGCAGAAUUUGUAUCGCCGUGAGGGACUGCCUUGGACCGGCCUGACCCUACCUGACUCGACCCCCGUUGUGACUGCCAUUGCCUGCACCUUCAAGACGCUGGAUGAGUACAGUCAGCAGCUUGCAAAAGGCUUUGAGAAGACCUCGGACGAGGGUUUCUGUCAGAAGACCGUGGAGGAAGCCCAGAAGGACCCACAGCGCAAGGAAGUCUUGAAGCCGCUGAAGAUGUCUAACAAGCGUGGAAGCUCAGCAGGCUUGGCAAUGAACGAGGGCUUCAUCGUCAAGCACUAUGCUGGACAGGUGGAAUACAACACGAAAGGCUGGUUGGACAAGAACAACGAUCGCCUCCUUGUCGAGUGUGAGGAGUUGAUCUGCGGCUCGGAGUGCAACUUCGUGCGAACCUUGGGAGACGACGAGAAGAGCAAGGUGCUCUUCCGCUCCAUCAGCAAGAAGUACUCGGCGGACUUGGAAAACUUGCUGAAGACGCUCAACCAGUGCCAUCUACACUAUAUCCGCUGCUUCAAGCCUAACGAGCUCCAAAAGCGCAGCAUCUUCAACGACAAUCUGGUGCUGGACCAGAUCGUUCAGUGUGGAACCAUUGAGUUGGUCAAGAUCAUGCACGAUGGGUAUCCGAACCGCUGUGUCUUCGACGAACUGGUCGCUCGUUUCCGUAGCUUGCUGCCGGACAGUUUCCAGCGGUACGGCAACCGGACCUUUAUCGAAGCACUCAUGCUGGCCUAUGAUGUGCCCAAAGAGGACUGGGCAUUGGGAAUGUCCCGGCUGUUCCUGAAAGCUGGGCAGCUGAAGGCUCUCGAAGACCUUCGCUCCAAAGGCGCCAAGCCUGACACAGAAAAGCUGCAGCAGAUCGUCCGUGGCAUCGUCCGGAAGAGGUGGGUCAGAGCAGGCCACGCGGUGCGGCUCUGCAACUACUUCCCGAGGUUCCUCUCCGCCAUCCGUGCAGCACAAGCGGUCCGUGCUUUGGCGACUCGGGCCCUCCUUGUCGGUCGGCUGCAGAAACUCCGGGAAGCAGCGAGGCGGAAGAUGGCGCUACGACGCCGGUUCCAGGUCUUGGUGCGCGUGGCCGUGCUGACCAAGCGCUUCGUCGACAAGCUGAGCACGAAGGUUCGACGACAACGAGCCUGGAAGCGAUUGAGCACAACAGUUGGCACCUGGCUGCUGUUGCAGCAGAGGGUACUUCCCUGGCUGGCCCGAAGCCGGAGGUCGAUCCAGCAAAAGAUCGAGGAUGAGAGGCGCGAGAACGAGCGAAGGGCCGCCGAGGAGAUGCAGAGAAUCGCAGAAGAGAAGCGCAGAGCGGAAGAAGAGCGGCGGAAAGAAGAAGAGGAGUUCCAGCGGAAGGUGGAAGAGGAUCGUCGGAAGCUGGAAGAGGAGAAGCGAGAGGCAGAAGAGCGCCUGGCUGCUGAGAAGGCAGCUGCGCUGGCCGAGAUCGAGAACAUGAGGCUUCAAGCUCAGGAGGAGCAGCGCAAGGAAAUGGAGAGAAUGCGCGAGGAGCUGGAAAGGCUGAAAGCAGAUCAGGAAUUCUUCAAGAUGGAGAAAGAAAAGCAGCUGAGAGCAGAGGCGCCCCCGCCCAUCAUGGAAGUGGCGUCACCCUGCCGAAGUUCUCCGAACAGGCGGAACUCGAAGACGCUGCCGGAGGAUGACUCGUGCUCUACGGCCCUCGUGACAGAUGACUAUGAUGUUGGAAGCAGCAUGUCGGUGGUGCUUCAAGACAGAGAACGCGCGCAGAUGGAGACAAGAAUCAAGGCGCUGGAAGAGGAUGCCGCCAAGAGGCAGAAAGAAGUCUCCACCCUGGUGCACAUGCUCAUGUGCAAGAACAGAGCGCUGGACUUAAGGAUCGAGGCCGAGUGGGACAGCGGCAUGCCUCCCGACAGCGAGUAUCCUCUCAUCGGCUUGGCCCCGACCACCCCUCGGGCGAGCGACGCGAGGAGGCUUUCCCGUGGCUCAUCCAUCUAUCAGGCGGACCCCAGGCAGCAGCGGCGGCAGAGUUUCGCUAAUAACGACAAGAGAUGCUGGAAGGAACAGCGUGAGUUCCUGCUGGAAGACAUCUAUCCUCUCGGCCAGCCGAACACGAAGAGCACGCCCAGCAAGCCGCGCGAAAGGCGGCAAAGCGUCGGUGGAUCUGCCGAAGAAGCCAUCCAGGGAGAGCGUGUUCGCAGGAAGACACAGGCCGAGUCCGGCGGCGGCUUCAUGAAGCGGGCACUCGAUGGCUUGGGUCUCUGA